AAGUCCGUUAUCAUCUUCUUCUUCUUCUUCUUCUUCUUCCUCCUCACAACAAAUCUUGAAAUCGAGAUCGAGAAAAAAAAAAUAACCCAAAACAAUGGAGUCGAAACCAAACCCUAGACGACCUUCAAACACAGUUCUCCCAUACCAAACACCUCGAUUAAGAGAUCACUACCUCCUGGGGAAAAAGCUAGGCCAAGGCCAAUUCGGAACAACCUAUCUCUGCACGGAGAAAUCAACCUCCGCUAAUUACGCCUGCAAAUCGAUACCCAAGCGCAAGCUCGUUUGCCGCGAGGAUUACGAGGAUGUGUGGCGUGAGAUUCAGAUCAUGCAUCAUCUCUCUGAGCAUCCAAAUGUUGUUCGGAUCAAGGGGACUUAUGAGGAUUCGGUAUUUGUUCAUAUUGUUAUGGAGGUUUGUGAAGGUGGUGAGCUUUUUGAUCGGAUUGUUUCUAAAGGGCAUUUUAGUGAGCGUGAGGCUGUGAAGCUUAUUAAGACGAUUCUUGGUGUUGUUGAGGCUUGUCAUUCUCUUGGUGUUAUGCAUAGAGAUCUCAAACCUGAGAAUUUCUUGUUUGAUAGCCCUAAAGAAGAUGCUAAGCUUAAGGCUACAGAUUUUGGUUUGUCUGUCUUCUAUAAGCCAGGACAAUAUUUAUAUGACGUAGUUGGAAGCCCUUACUAUGUUGCGCCAGAGGUCCUAAAGAAAUGUUAUGGACCUGAAAUAGAUGUGUGGAGUGCCGGUGUUAUCCUCUACAUCUUACUCAGUGGUGUUCCUCCCUUCUGGGCUGAAACCGAGUCCGGAAUCUUUAGACAGAUAUUGCAAGGAAAGUUAGAUUUCAAGUCUGACCCGUGGCCUAGUAUUUCUGAAGCUGCUAAAGAUUUGAUCUACAAAAUGCUUGAAAGGAGCCCCAAGAAACGCAUUUCUGCCCAUGAAGCCUUGUGUCACCCAUGGAUUGUCGAUGAACAAGCAGCACCAGACAAGCCUCUUGAUCCAGCAGUCUUAUCGCGUCUAAAGCAGUUUUCUCAAAUGAAUAAGAUUAAGAAAAUGGCCUUACGGGUAAUCGCUGAGAGACUUUCAGAGGAAGAAAUCGGAGGUCUGAAGGAAUUAUUCAAGAUGAUAGACACAGACAACAGCGGAACGAUUACUUUUGAAGAGCUCAAAGCGGGUUUGAAGAGAGUUGGAUCUGAACUAAUGGAAUCAGAAAUCAAGUCUCUGAUGGACGCGGCUGAUAUCGACAACAGCGGUACAAUAGACUACGGAGAAUUCCUAGCAGCAACAUUACACAUGAACAAAAUGGAGAGAGAGGAGAAUCUGGUAGCUGCAUUUUCAUACUUUGACAAAGACGGAAGCGGAUACAUCACGAUCGAUGAGCUUCAGUCAGCUUGCACAGAGUUUGGUCUAUGUGAUACACCUCUUGAUGACAUGAUCAAAGAGAUUGAUCUUGACAAUGACGGGAAGAUCGAUUUCUCGGAGUUUACAGCAAUGAUGAGGAAAGGAGAUGGAGUUGGGAGAAGCAGAACCAUGAUGAAAAACUUGAACUUCAACAUAGCUGAUGCUUUUGGUGUUGAUGGUAAAAAAUCUGAUGACUAACCAAUCAUCAUCCACCUUCAAUUUCAGUUUUCUUAUUUCUCUUACAUAUAUUUUGAAACUAAAGACUACAGAAAAAAAUUUUCUGGUUUCUUUUAUUGCUUUCCUUUGUUAUUCUUGUAGAUGAGUAACUGUCCAAAUUUUUUGUCCCAAGUAAUGGAUAAUUUUGCUUCAUAUAA